CUUUGCGAUAUAUGUACUCGCCUCUGCUGCCUAAAGCUGCCGCCUUUCGCUGCGACGCGAGGCAGAGAGCAGCAGCAGCAGCUCCAGUCAGUAGUGUUCACUGUUCAUUUGUUCAGGCGAGAGAGUCAACAAUAGCUGUUGCUAGUUGCUUGUGCAGAAAAGGAUUCUCCUUUUUGUUUUGUUUUUUUGCCUUUCUCUGCAGCAGCUGAUGAUGAUGAUGAUGGUGUGGGCUAUGGCUGUGCAGGUUGGGAGCUAGAGGAAGAAGAAGAAGGUAGCUAGGUUGGCUAGGUGGCUUGCUCUUCUUUUUUUUUCUGCUCCAGUUCCAGCUUGUGAAUUUCUCGGGGCGCAAGAAUCGUGGGCAUGGAUGGCAAUGCGAGAUCGGCGGCGAAUCAGACGAAGCAAAUAGUGUAAAGAUUUCAUCUGAAACCCAAGAAGGGAUUCGUUUUGUUGUCGCCGAGCGGUACUGAUCUGUGUGCACGCCCCAAUCCAAUGGCGAUCCGCAGCAGCACGGACAACGAGCUGGUGGAGCUGCUAUGGCACAACGGGGGCGUCGUCGCGCAGGCGCAGGCGCAUCCGAGGGUCGUCUCCUCCGGCCGCUGCCGGAGCGUCAGCGGGCUCACCGGCGAGGAGACCGCCGCGUGGUUCCCGGACACCAUGGACGACGCGCUGGAGAAGGACCUGUACACGCAGCUCUGGCACAGCGUCGCCGCGUCCCCGGACGGCGACGCGUUCCGGGGCGCCGGGCCCAGCUCUCACCACCCUCCGCCGGACAUGGCGCCCCCGGCGGGGCCGCCGUUGAGGAGCGGCAUCGGGUCGAGCUGGCCCGGCGACAUCUGCUCGACCUUCUGCGGCAGCAACAAUAUCCCGGAGACGCCGGCGGGGCGCAGGGAGGCCGGCGCGGCAUUGCCGCCGGAGCGGCCGCGCGGGGCCAGCACGCACGACGGCGCCGGCACGUCGUCGUCGGGCGGGUCCGGGAGCAACUUCGCCGGCUCCGGGCUGCCGAGCGAGAGCGCCAGCGCGCACAAGAGGAAAGCGAGGGGCAGGGAAGAUUCAGACAGCCGCAGUGAGGAUGCUGAAUGUGAGGCAACUGAAGAGACCAAAUCAUCGUCGCGGCGAUAUGGAUCGAAGCGGAGGACUCGUGCAGCUGAAGUUCAUAAUCUGUCAGAGAGGAGAAGAAGGGAUCGGAUCAACGAGAAGAUGCGCGCAUUGCAAGAACUCAUACCUCAUUGCAACAAGACCGACAAGGCAUCUAUAUUAGAUGAAGCAAUCGAGUAUCUGAAGUCACUCCAAAUGCAAGUUCAGAUCAUGUGGAUGACUACCGGGAUGGCGCCGAUGAUGUUUCCUGGUGCUCACCAGUUCAUGGCACCAAUGGCCGUGGGUAUGAAUUCAGCGUGCAUGCCUGCAGCACAGGGCCUAAGUCAGAUGUCAAGAUUGCCAUACAUGAACCAUUCCCUGCCAAAUCACAUCCCUCUAAAUUCAUCUCCAGCUAUGAACCCGAUGAAUGUUGCAAACCAGAUGCAAAACAUUCAACUGAGAGAGGCAAGCAAUCCCUUCCUUCACCCAGAUGGCUGGCAAACAGCACCACCACAGGUAUCAGGACCAUAUCCUUCCGGACCUCAAGUAGCACAGCAAAACCAGAUACCGAAAGUGCCAGCUAGCACUGUUCUGCCUAAUUCUGGGGCUGAACAACCACCAACCUCUGAUGGACUUUAGAAUCAGACCAGAAGCUUGAUAAAGAAUUGAACGUAGACUUGCGCAAGGGCCGUGUUUCUGGAGGUAGCUGAAAACAUUGACAUGAUGAACAGAUAGCAUACACAUUGCUGUUAUGUAUCUCGAUCAAUAUCUGUCUGACAUAAAUGCUACAAGUAUCUGUAAAUGCAGAAUAGCAUUUUCUCCCUUCUCUAAGAUGCUACUAAUUACCAGUGUAUGCACUAAUCCUUAUAAUAUUAAGUUUGUGGCCAUUUCCCAGGA